CUCGACAUGAUAUAGACUAACACUACAGGGGUCACUGAGAGUCGGCUGAUUUGGUAUGUGGCCUUGAAAGAUGGACACUAGAGCUGCAACGAUUAGUCGAUCGACAGAAAAAUAAUUGACACCAUGGUACGCCUGACCGCAGAUCUGAUUGCUAAAUCUAGAGACCACUUCAAAAGGAAACGGGGCCGCUCCUUCCCCGAGUACCUCAAGACCCUCACCCACCUCCACUUCUUCAGCAAGAAUAUCGAAGAUAUUGGCGAUCUUUCCAUGUGUAGAAACCUCACUGUUCUUUACCUGUAUGAUAAUCACAUCACACACAUCUGCAACCUCGGCUUUGCAUCCAACCUCACACAUCUGUACAUGCAGAACAACAACAUCACACAUAUAGACAAUCUCUCCAAUCUGCAGAGGCUCUCCAAACUGUAUCUGGGUGGAAACAGGAUUGCCGUGGUGGAGGGCUUAGAGACGCUCUGCGAGCUCAAGGAGCUUCACCUGGAGAACCAGAGGCUGGCACCGGGGGAGAAGCUGCUCCUUGACCCCAUGACUCUCCUCUCCCUGGCUAAAUCUGUUUGUGUCCUGAACAUCAACAACAACAACAUCGAUGAUAUCAGGGACCUGACUGUGCUGAUGGAACUCCGCCAUUUCUCUGCUGCUGACAACAGAUUGCACAAUAUGGAGGAGCUGGAGGACGUGUUCAGCUGCUGGCCUCGGCUGCUUAACAUGGAUUUGGGUGGAAAUCCUGUUUGUAAAAACACUAAGUACAGAGACCGUUUGAUAACUGUGGCCAGAAACCUUGAGGUUCUUGACGGCCGGGAAAUUAAUGAGUUAACCAGACAGUUCCUUAUUAAGUGGAAAGCUUCCAAAGAGGCCAAGAAGAAGAAAAACAAACAUUUGAUGACCGGCCCGCUGAUCCCUGAUCCCUUCACAAAUGACUUUAUCGUGGGUCAGGGUCCUGGUCACAACAUCUACAGCCAGGCCAGCAGGCAGGGGUGGAGGCCGCAGCAGCCGUCUCUCAGGGCGCAAAAAUUAAAGAUUUCCAUGAGCGGACUUCUCCAUCAUGCGCCUGUCUCAUCGUCGCCCAUCUGCAGUCAUGUGGAUGCUUAAGACAAGUCCUCCUGCACACAGACAGGACGGACCCUGCUGCUGCUGCUGCUGCUGCUGCUGCUGCUGCUGCUGCUGCCGCUACCACCUCGGUUAAGUCGUCAUAGCUGUGGUUUUUCUGUAUAUUUAUCCGGACACAGAACUGUCACUUUGCUGCAAGUCUCUCCUUGGAUUAGUGGUUUACAAUUGUACUUUUUAUUUUAUCCGUCUCUUAAAACUAUGUUCCUAUAACUGAAUUAAUGGGCUGGAAAUAUGUGGAAUGAAUGACGAAAUUAAAGAGUAAAACAAUGAAUAAUGGUUUGUGCACAUUUCUCUCCCUCACUUUCACAGCUGGUUUGUUUCUAAUUACAUUUUUUGGGUCUGAGGAAAUAAAUAAUCUAUCCAGCUCAGACUGUUACAACAGUUUCUACGUUGUGUGUCAUUUUUCUUCUGCAGAUA